UCGGGAUCGUCUUCGUCUCGUUGAUGUCGUGGUAUGUGAGACCAUCUCAAGGUGGAGCACUCAUACCACCUGUCCUCGCUGUUUAGCAAUGCAAACAUUUCUGGGCUCGUUUUUUGUUCAGCGAGAAAUACCUUUUUGAUGGAACAAGAGAAGAUCCUAGCAUUUCCGAGCCGUAAAGAACGUUAAGUGACUUCUAGCUACGACAACAUGUCAGCCACCGACCCGUGCCCGCCGUCGCGCGGCGGGCACGUCGCCCCCGUGCACCAGGAUGAACGGGUGGUCGACCACAAAUUGACGAUCACCUCACCUCACCUCACCUCACAAAUCGACGAUCGCAACGAGUCGACGAGCAGCUUCAUCCGGCGUUGCACUUCCGAGAGGCGUUCAGAAAGGCUUGAAGAUGCUGGCAGGGAGUAAUGCAGUCUACCUCUGCACCGCCACCGCUGUGCUGGACGAUCACGACUUCGAAGACAACAAGGGGAAAAGCACAACCGCGGUCGACGCCGAUGGGGAAAGCGAGUUUACCGACGAGCAGCCGGUCGUGGAGCAGGCAUUUCUGGAUGAAGAAGAAAAGCCCGGCGGGAAACAAGAAGCGGCCACAAGCCAGCGACGCGGAUUUCGUGGUUUAGCGAGCCGGCUGGCGGAACGUCUAACUACUGGAGGAACGAGCAGCAGAGUAGUAACAGCAACGCAUUUCAAUAAUUAUAUAUAAUUAUACUUAAGAGCAAGAGGGAUCACCACCGACGUACUCGAACUCGAAGUCAUAUCAUCUUGGGCUGUUUUGAAGCUGGGUAGCAUACGAUAUAAACUUGGAACUGUUAUUUCCACAUAUCGAAGAUCAAGAUAUCCAAAGACAUCCAGAUAUUAAACAAGCGCCGUCGUGGUCGUCGUGCAAGAGAGUGAGAGGACAGCGAAAAGAAUAUAAACGAAGAAUGAAAUGAAAGAGAAGAGGCUGCAAAUUCGAAAUCCAAACACAAUGCGCGAAAAUGAAUAUAAAGUAAGAAAGAGAGAAACAAAUAUGGAAGAAAAACUCCAGUCAGUGCAUCACCAGCUUCAGCUCCUUGAACAAAGUUUCAUAGGAAGGUUGAGGACUGCAGCUCAAUUACAAUUUUUCUCCCUAAGCACAGGUGAACAUCGGCGCUGCCCCCCCUGACCCUGCGGUACAAGAGGAGGCUUGGUCAUAUGAAGGAACAAACUAUGACUUUGUGACGUAGCCAAAAGCUUUUUUGCACCUCACCGCUAGACGCCCCAAAAACGGGAACAAAAAGCGAGAACGUGCCCGGCUCAAUGCCUUUAGAAAGCCCGGCGAGGGCUCCGCUCAGUGGCGUGGCCACGGCACUGCGUGGGCAGUGCGGACUCUGCUGAGCCGGCAAAGCAGCUGCCGGUCGGUGUUGAGAAUCUCGACCCAGUAGACGGGUCCUAAGUCUAGAAUCUUCUCGACUCAGAUGACACCAAAAAGCGAAGAGGUCCAAAGUUUUCACCCAGAGGCUGGAAUGUGGUUCGAAGACUCGCAGCAUUGCGAUUCAGGGCAGAAGUUGCCACUACUUCGAGACAGUUGAAGGUCUUUCGCGCGCACGGACCUUCAGAGAGCCAAUGAAUCUGUCCGGAGCAAGGGAGCCUCUUCCGGCGAUCCAUUUUUUCCCGCGGCUCGGGGGCCUCUUUUUCCUUUUGAUAGGUUACGUCGCAAGGUCGUAUGUUUGUUCCUUCAUACUUUUACUUGGAGGGUAACACAAGACCCCAGAUCAAGUGCGGAACUCCGUGCUGUGGCCGCCAGUAAUGGGCCAGAAGCAGAUCUGGCGCGCACAAUCUUAAGCGAGCGGGCUGCUGCGUAUGCUGGAGCAGGAGCUAACCGGCCGCGGGGUAAAGAGAUGCCUUCGUUUGAAUAUAAUUGUUCUCCAAAUAAAAGGGACACUACAUAUCAUCCUUCUGCGCACACAAGAUUUUCAUUUCCGUUUCUACACAUACUACAAUGGCUUUGGCUAUGGCUUGCAAAGCAGGAUAUUAUCCUUACUAUCAUCAAUUUUCUCGCACGACUUUGUGCUUUUUCGACAGCACUUGUUCUUCUCUAACCCAGAAGGAAACGCGCAAAUAUGAUUCAUGUUCUUCAUGCAGGUGGAGCAGGAAGACAAAUGGACACGACGCAGCAGCACCACCAGCCGCCCUCUGACUCUGAAAAGUGAACAAGUUUAGCUUGCGACUUAACAGUAGUCCUCGAGGGACGAGUGUAAUAAGCUCCAGCGGCGGAAACAACAGCGAUUAUAGCAGUGUCGGAGGUAGGGGAACUGGUCCUGAUGGAACUGGUGGACAACCUUCGCAGCACCAGCAAGUUGUAGUACCACAGCAGCAUCAGUGAAUAAAGAAGUAGAGGCCAGCACUCCUCCUGUUGCUACAGCUUUCGCGCUCGCUGCAGAGCAUUCAUAGCACUAGUUUUUGACGGCGUACUAUCGCCUUCCGGUGCAACAGGAAGGGACGAACUCUUGAGCUUAAAAUUGUGUGUACUUUCAGACCCAGAGAGACGAGCACCUUGUUUUAUAAUCUGCUUUUUACGCAUACGCAACAGCAAUAGCGCGACAUCGAUUCUACAGAUAAGCGGAAUCUGAAUCAGAA